AUGUCUCACCAAUGUGAACAUGAGCAUCAUGACCAUUCCCCACCACCGGUCACAAACAGUACACAGUCUCUCUACGAGCAUAUAAACUUUUUACAAGUGGUAUGCUUGAAUGCCGUGGCCAAAGGAAGCGACAACCAAAGCGCUUGCGUAUUCAAGACCCAGGAUGAAAAGUAUAAUGUUUCAAGAUAUCUCGAAAGCGAUGCUGACUGCCAAAUGAUUAUACACGUCCCGUUCACUGGUACAUGCAAACUAUUCUCUAUCGUUCUCAGAUGCAAUCGCACUGAUGGGGGUUAUAGCUCGCCCAAGACAAUCAAACUUUAUAAAAACUUUAACAAAAAUGUUGAUUUUGAUACCCUAAGCGAAUCAAAGGAUGACCACCACUUUGAGAACCCUCAAGAUAUCGGGAUCGGUGUGGGGAUCGAAACCGACGUCCUGGACGACUCGACAUUUGUGGAGCACCAUUUACCUCGUCAUAUCUUCCAGAAUUGCUACUCAUUGACGCUUUUCAUUCAAGAUAACUGGACUGCCGACGAAGAUGAUUUGACUUGCUGUUUUUAUUUAGAGCUUCGUGGGGAAUAUACAGGCGAGCGUGCUUCCAACGAUGCAAUUCCUCUUAUGACCGUUUAUGAGUCUGCUCCCAACCCAGUAGACCAUCAAAAGCUGGAAUAUGAACACGAAAACAUGGAACUAGGUAUGUAG